GGACUCUCAGAUGCGAUGCACUGUCCAGCGGUGAAGCGGCGACACUUUCUGCGAGAGGUAACGACUUGGCGACGGAACGCUGCGCCUUCCGACACAAUCCUGGAGCUUAGACCAUCACCUGCGUCAAAACAUUGAUCGAGAAUGGCAAGGCAGCUAAACGAAAUGCUGCUGGCGAAGGGUUGGUAUCUUUUCAGCGCGGGAGGGGCCGUUUUCCUGCUGCCCUACCUCUACCCCUUCAUAUCCUCCAAGGGCGUCUCCGAUCCCCAGAUCGGCCUGUUGGCGGCGGUGCGGCCGUGGCUGGCAGCCGUCGCCGCCAUGACCGGCCCAGCCCUAGCCGACAAGUUCAAGUGCCAUCGGUCAAUGAUGGUGGGAACGUUCGCCGCCUCCAUCCUGCUGCGCGCCAGCAUUUACUACGCGGCUGAGGCGCGGUAUCUGUUGCUUUUCACGGUGGUGAUUGUGUCCGAGUACGUGGCCGCACCGCCCGGAGUGCUGGCGGACGCGGCAGUGGUGGCGCUGUGCAGCAGGCAGCAGGGCGCCGCCAGCUACGGCCGGCAGCGGCUGUGGGGCAGCAUUGGCUGGGGCGGGCUGUCGUUUGCGGCGGGUGUUCUGCUGGACAGCUUCGGCUACGGCGCCGGCUUCCUGGUGUACCUGGUGCUGUCCGCCCCCUGCAUCUACAUCCUGGCGCGCUUCAGCUGCGGCGGCGGCAGUAGCAGCAGUGGGGGCAAAGGACGAGGCGGCAGUAGCAACGGCAGGCAGGGCCGCAAGGUGGCCAGCUGCAUGCAUGGUGGCGGGGCGGGGGAAGGAUCUGCUGGGCUGGAUGCGAGGGGCGAGGAGUGCCUGCACACCGAGGAGGCGCUGCUGCCCCACGCACACGAGCCGUUUCCCUUCAUUCGCGCCCUGGUGCGCACCAUCUCCGGAGUGCCGCCGACCCCGUCGCCGCCAGGGCCCCUGCCCCAUCGCCGCCGCCCGCCCACCCCCCGGCUCCAAGGUGCAAGCCGCAAUCAAGGUGAUGGCGACGGCUCCCAUGCCUCCCGCCACUACUACCAGCAGCCGGUCGGCCUGACGUCCGCCCCGCCUCCUCCGCCGCCGGCACUGCCGCCGCCGGUGCUGAUGCACCUGAGCACCCCGUUCGGCUACGAGGAGGCACAGCACCCGCAUGGCGUGUCGGCGGCGAUCUCCAUAGCAGCUGUGGAAGCGGCCACGACCAUUCCGGCGGCGUCCGAUGGCAGCUGCCAGGCCGGCAGCCAGCAGCGCUACAGCAUAAUGAAGCUCAGCAGCAGCGUCGAGGCCUGGAUCCAGCGCAGUGAGAUCUGGAUACGGCAGCGUGAGCGCGAGCGUGAGGCGGCGGCGGCGGCACCAACUACUACUACUGUGGCCGCUGCUGCUGUUGCUGAGGGUGUUAGCAGCAGUGCUGCCGCUGCCACGAUGGCGGUACGUGCCGGUGCCUUCCUGGGCUCCCCGGGAGUGUCCAGGCACAGCGCGGCCGCGGCUGCCCAUGGUGCUACGGCUGCUGCUCUCACUGCGGCGAGUGAUGAGGAGGAGCAGGCGGGCCUGCUGGGCCCUUCGUCCACAGUUGUUCCUGCAGCGGCGAGCACUCAAACGGCCGCCACACCGCCUGCAGUCCAUGUGGUGGCAAACAUCUUUGGACCCGCGUGUGUUGGUCGGUCUGCUGCGGCAGGUGCUGAUGGCCAUGCGAGCAUCAGCCCCGCAGCCUCGUAUCACGUCCACGCUGUGUCCUCAAGCGCCUCAGCCGCCGCAAUCCCGCCGCUCAGCAGUACCCAGGUCGAGAACAGCGACUGCGGUGUCCUACUGGCCGGGAAGCUCCAGCCGCAGCAGUUGGCCCCUUCUGACACCCUAGAGUCCAUCCCGCUAGGCUCCCCUGCCACAGCCACUGGCAACCCAGACACUGCCGGCGGCUGCAGCAGCAAGCAGCCGCAGUGCGGAAUGGACAAGUGUCCACCGUCGGGCGGCAGUGGCGGGGGCGCUGACGGCGGUGGCGGCUUCCUGCAGCGUGCGGGCCGGCUGCUGUCGGACGGCGCAGUGUGGCUGUUCCUGGCCAAGGUGUUCCUGCUGGGCUUCGGCACCGGCACCAUCGGCACCUGGCUGUUCAUUUACGUGUCCUCGCUGGGCGCCUCGCACGCGCUGCAGGGCCUCAUGCUCACCAUGAACUGUGUGGCCGAGGUGCCCGUGUUCUACUUCCAGGAGGCAGUCACGCGCCGCUUCCCCGCCGGCGCCAUCCUGCACGUGGCCACCGGCAGCCUGGUGCUGCGGCUGGCGGCGUACGCGGCGCUGCCGGCCCUGCCGUCGCCCUGGUUCGUGCUGCCGGUGGAGCUGAUGCAGGGCCUCACCUUUGCGCUGUCGUGGGGCACAUGCUGCGUGCACUGCAAGCGCAUCGCGCCCGAGAGCCUGCAGGCCACCAUGCAGGGCCUGUGGCAGGCGGUCUUCAACGGCCUGGCCAGCGGCGCGGGUGGCCUGGCCGGAGCGGUCCUGCACGACCGCCUGGGCGGCAGGUCCAUGUUCGCGACCACCGCCGGGCUCAUCUUCGGCGGCUGGCUGCUGCUGGCGGCGGCGGAGGGGCUGGCGGCGCUGGUGGCGGCGCGGCGGCGGCGCCGAGCCGGCAGCAACCCCAGUGAUGAGUGUGUGCACCUGAUGAACGAGGAGGAGAGCGGCAGCAGCGGGCGUGGUGGUAGUGGCGGGUUCGGUGGGCAUGCCGGCGAGGGCGCCCAGCAGCAGUGCCUGCAGGUUGUGGUUGCAGCGCCGGCGGCGGUCGUGGUGGAUAACGAGAAGCGCGCACUGCUGGCUGGAGGUGGCGAGGACCCCAGUGUUGCUCAUCCGCCUUCCUCGGCAGCACCAACACCCUCGGGGGCACGACGUGGCCAUGGUCUGCUGGCGGCGCGGUCUCUGAUGGGCAAGGCGGCUUUCGCAGGCGUCUCCCACGUGUUACGGCUAGCGCUGGCAGGGGCAUGGCGCCACGGCUUCCAUACCGCGUCUGCGGCAGCAGCUUCAGCAGCUGCGGCAGCUGUUUCAGGCGCCGCACCCGGCAGCAAGCCCAGCCCGCAGGGCGCCACCAGCUGUGGCAACACCACUCGCUCCAGCAACCCCGGGCCCCCUUCAUACGAUGACGUGGCAGCCGACAUGACACGCGGAGGCAUGCUGUACAGCUUGUUCGUGCGCCGCCGUACCGCCAGCAUCGGCGGCGGCAAUCCUGGCAUCAGCGGCGGCGGCGCCGGCAGCGGAGUCAGUAGCCCAAAGCAGAGCCUGCUGUCGCAGCGCCGCGGCGGCCGGGGCGAACACAGCAACGGCGGCGGCAGUGGGGGCGGUGAUGGCAGCCGCCGAGGCAUGCAUUCUCGCGGCGGCAGCGCUGUCGCGCUGGCCAGCGAGGCUCUGUUGGCCACCAGUGAUGGGGUCCUUAUUACCGGCCUGGAGAGCGCCAGCAGCGACGUGGCAUUUGACGGCGGCCGUGACCAGGGCCGCCCAGAGCUCAUGGGCGCGGCUGCGUGUAAUGAAGCCGCCGCGCCUGCGAUGGGCGCGUCCACCUCUGGCGCGAGCGGCAGCUCGGGCGGCAGCAGCGACAGCGGCAGCUCGGGCAGUGGAAGUGGGAUGCUGGACGCUCUGGGCCAGGCAGCUGCGGCCGCAUCACCGCCUGUGCUGCCAGCCAGCCUUGCUACUGCUUGGCUGUAGAUGAGUGCUGGACAGCUUAGGAGUGUUGCUUAACUGCCGAAGCUGCGGGGACGAUGCGGGAAGUAAGGCUCAUGAGGAAGAAACUACGAUAUGGAAAGCGCUGACGUGAUCCAUCAUACUGGCGGACUUGCAGUUGCUUACCAAGCAAUGCAGCAAAGUACAAAAUGAUAUGACGAACUGCCAAGAAGAGCGUGCGUGCAGCGUGCGUGCCAAGCACACGUUGCUUACCUGCUUCACACCACAAGGGCACCUGUGUGGGCGGUACACCUCCCACAGGGCUCCUACCUACCCACGGAAGUCCCUUAGCGAGCAAGUUAGUUAGACUUUCACUGGCAAUGACUGCUACAACCUGUGACCUAUCUCCCCACUGCCUGCCCAAUGCCAUUGCUCCAUGUGAUCCAGACUGUGACCCCCCUGCCUUAUUGUGGCAGCCUUAUUGUGACAGCGAAUUCGACUUUAUUUUGUGGUUCAAUGGGGACCCGCUAGCUACUGACGAGGCUGUUUUGAGACCUGGCCCCACUGUGCACUGUACAGCCCGUUUGCCGGCCUCUUUCCGGCGGGAAGUGUGCCGUAUGGUUCAUGCAACUAGGGAUAUGGAACUUGAGCAGGCUACCGCACCUGGCUGUGAGGCCGCAGUUGUGUAGUUGGCCGUAGCCGUAUAUCAAGCGCUUGUAAGGGCUUGCGAGC